GCCUCUCCAGCCAGUUCAUAAAGACGAGCCAUCUGCCAUUCCUCGCCACCAUCGCAUCCUCCCUUCUUCCUGGCACACAACAAACACGUCGGCAUACCACACAGAGCAGAGACAGAGAGAGCGAGCCAAAGAAGAUGCCCAUGGAGAGGUCGGUGUCCUGCGCCGAGAGGAGCUCCGCCUUCAAGCCCGCAGCCCCCGCGAUCGACCUCCGCUCCCACAGCGCCUCCUACGCCGCCCGCUACGCCCCCGCGCCGACCACCAAGCCGCCGCCGCAGCAGCUCGCCAGGAGCAACAGCUCCUGGUCGCGCCCCCCCGCCGCCGCCGUGCAGCGGAGCGGCAGCACCAAGUCCGUCUCCGGAGGACCCACGCCGGGGCUGAACCUCCGGUGCUACAGCGCCUCCUACGCCGCCUCCUACGACCCCUUCUCCGACGCCGCCGGGGGACCCGCCCAGGCGAAGGCGCCCGGCACCACCGCCGCCGCCGCCUGGUGCUCCGCCGGCCGCCGCUCCCUCAACCUCAGGGGAUACACGCCCUCCUUCGCCGCAUUGGUCGACGACGACCCGGCCCCGGCGCCCAAGUCGACGGCGGCGGCGGAUGACGCCGAGGCGGAGAUGCAGAGGAAGAAGCGGCUGGUUGCCUACAAGGUGUUCGACGUGGAAGGGAAGGUGAAGCUCUCCGUGCGGCGCAGCGUCAAGUGGAUCAAGGGCAAGUACUCCCGCGCCGUCUACGGUGUCUGACGAUGGCCUCUGCUAGUCCCGGUACAGUUGAGCCGAGCUCUGUUCUGCUAUGUCUGAUGAGCUCCUGUUGCCUGAUUACUAUUCUAUCCCUCUGCUCUUGUCUUUGCUCUCUCCCUUCCUUCUUUUCUUCUUCUUGGAAUAGGAUUUUUGACCAGAUUUGUUGUGGCAUAUGUGUAAUACUCUAGUACGUAGUACGAGCGGUGCUUCUCUUGGUGAUUUGUUUGCGUAGCCAAAUCCAAAGAGAAGCUGGGUCUGCGUUGUCCUUGUAAAUAUGGAUCCUUUUUUCCCGGUGUACCAUUAUCUGAUUAUGUGAUCUAGUAGACACUGUAUAUGUAGAAUAAGAUUUUGGUGGUGUGAGAUGUAAAUUACUACUACUAGAUGAUACUACUAUUACAUGAUUCCCCAUGUUCUUCCGUGGUUA